AUGAUACGAACAAAAACAAAGACUGUCAGUCUCCGAUCUUUUUACGGCAUUGACAACCUUACGAUUGAUAUGUAAGUAUGGUCUAUGGUCUGGUCUUUUGCGGCCGGGCUCUUUGUCAUAUGAGUUUGGGUGCAAAGUUAUUCUUGAAACAAGGAUCUGCUAUAUUAUUUCUUAUUUGAUUAUGACUCCUAUCAUCUUUCUAUCGCUUUUUUCAAUAGAAGUUUAAAUGAAGGAAAAAUUGGGAUUAUGAAAUUCAGGGAUGACGAACGUAACUGCACAAUUCAUCUGUGAGUGAAUUCAUCAUUACAACAACAAAGAUAUCAGAAAUCUGAAUAUGUGCAGUUAUUUUUUCUCUAUCAUUAGCUCUUAGUUGGUGAUUAAUUUUUCUUUUCAUAAUUUUUUUUUUUUACAUUAGGGGAUUAGGACGCGAUGAUUCUGAAUAUAGCGUCAUUUCUGAUAUCGUCAUUUCUGAAAAAGAUUAUUGGGUGAAACAACAAAUACUAGCGGCUUUUAAACGAUCUGGAUUUGCCAAUGAAAGUGGUGGACGUUAUAAGUUACUUCCAUGUGAAUUUGGAACGUACGUUAAUGCUUCUGCUAAAACCAUCAACUGCACAGAGUGCCCAGCAGGUAAAUUUAUUCGCAGUUUAUGAAAGCUGCACAAUUAUAUCGUCGGGAUAAUAUGUCUACAUUGUUAGCCAGCCCUGUUCUCAUUAUGGUUUAAAGGUACUUACAUGUAGUAUUAGAUGGCGUGUGCUUAUCUCUGGAAUACGAAUUCAAAGUAUCUAUCUAAAGACAGUGAUAAGACUCUGGUUGAUAAUUUUUUCCCUGUAAAAUUUUGUUACGCGGGUUAUCUUUUAGAGGACGGGUAGCUUGCAAACCAAACUGAACGCAGGGUUGUCGGAACAGCAACAAGAAGAUUUAUUCCAAAAAUGAACGUAGUUUCCACGAAGUAAAACUCCACAACAGCACGUAACUCGUUAAACUUACACGGCCUCCGCCAACUUCAAUUAACUUGAUAAGCUUACACGGCCUCUGCCAACUUGAAUAAACACUGCUUGCGUCACACUUGACUAAACCCGACUAACGCCAAACUCUCUUCGCUUAUGAAAACUAGGUAAAACUUAACUCGGACCUGCCUACUUAUAUACUUUCACAAUAACAUUCUAGAACUUUCUAAAUAGUCUAAUUUUAUAGAAAGAUUACAAAAUAUACCGCUACAGAAACGCUUACACAAGAUCCUAAAAUAAACAAACAAUGAACUCUCGCAAACCUUCUAGAAUGUCACGUUCAAAAGUCACGCAAUACAAUUUUUCGUAACAAAUUUAAUACUGUAAACGGAAAGGAACCAAGUUGUUCGAGGUCACUGGUAACAUAUCUUCAUUGAGUCCAAACCUAUAUUUGUUUGAUUUUGGAGUAAAACGGUGUUACUUCAGGCUGGAAAUUUCAGAUAGUGUGUAAGUUCCGGUAAUGAGGAAAAGUACACAAGUCAAACAAAUAUUCGACAGCAAUCCUAUGAUUAUUGAGUGGACAGCGAUGAGGAAAAAUCGCUUUAGCUACAACAUUUAGAAAGUCAUGUUCGCCUUAUAUACUAGAAAUACGUAUAGCUGUUUUUCACUGUCACGCCAUCGAAAAUAAAAACCAAAACCGUUCAAUAGUUUAAGUCCAGAAUCUGGGAAAUGACAGACAAAGAAUUUUGGAUCUAGAAUUGUCGAAACAAAGGCUCUCCAUGAGCCUCAGGCCGGUGCAAUUUUUCACAUGCGAGAUAUCGGAGAUAGAUUUAAUCUAAAUUGAUAAAGCUUUUGUAUGGAGGCGCCAUGUUGUUACACCUCUGAGCGGCACCAACAUGGCGGCUGAAAAUUAACAGCAACACACGUUACCGAGUUUUGUAUAACACUUUUCUUAAUUAAUAAAAGGACUGCUCAGAUAGCAAAAUUAGAAAUUCAAAUGUACUCUAAGACAGAACGAAGGUACCUUUCGAAGUGGUGAUUUGUAAAUAAAGCUUUUUGCUGCUGUAACACUUAAUGAAAGUUAAAACUCAAGGGAUCAAUCAUUCUUUAUUUUUGAAAUUUGGUGACGCUAUGUGAAAACUGUUGAAGCCAAAAAUGUAUUAAUUGCCUACAAAUGUAAUAAGAAUUGAUCACUGAUGUAAUUUAACGACCUUAAUGCUAUGAAAACCAUAUAUACUCGAUUCUGUCUGGACACAAAGGACCGCGGCGCUCUUUCGAAAAAUACAAUAUAUGCGCCGCCCUCAAAUAACCUUAGCAAUACGCGCCAGGCACUCUUUCGAAUUAACAGAGUUCAUUGGGUUAAAUGAGUGCAGUAGAAAAUAAAGUUUCUACGAAACAGCGCCGCGAACCUUAUUUGUUUCCCUUCUUUUGUGUGCGGCUGUUAUUACUGGGCGGUUCCAUUUAGAAAAAAAAAAAUGAAAUCUUUUAUUUUUUCGGAAGAGCACCGUGGCGCUUAUUUGUGUCCGACUUUUACUGAGGGUGGCGCUCUUUCGAGCAACACGGUUUUGAUAGCAUUUAAAGGUUUUAAUUUCAUCAGUAUAUUUUUUACCAAUUUGUAUUACAUUUAAGGGCUUCAUUACAUUUGUGGCUUCAACACACAUAUACUAAACUUUAUUGAUAUUACCUUUUAGGCGAUCAGAAUAAAUAUCACGUGACAGUGACGACACGGUAGUUUUAGCUCCAAAUCGAAUUUUAGCCCUUGCAUCGGUAUUUUCCUUGAAAAUGCUUUACGCUACGUAUUACCUUUCUAUAAAUUAGAUAAANUAAAGCUUUUGUAUGGAGGCGCCAUGUUGUUACACCUCUGAGCGGCACCAACAUGGCGGCUGAAAAUUAACAGCAACACACGUUACCGAGUUUUGUAUAACACUUUUCUUAAUUAAUAAAAGGACUGCUCAGAUAGCAAAAUUAGAAAUUCAAAUGUACUCUAAGACAGAACGAAGGUACCUUUCGAAGUGGUGAUUUGUAAAUAAAGCUUUUUGCUGCUGUAACACUUAAUGAAAGUUAAAACUCAAGGGAUCAAUCAUUCUUUAUUUUUGAAAUUUGGUGACGCUAUGUGAAAACUGUUGAAGCCAAAAAUGUAUUAAUUGCCUACAAAUGUAAUAAGAAUUGAUCACUGAUGUAAUUUAACGACCUUAAUGCUAUGAAAACCAUAUAUACUCGAUUCUGUCUGGACACAAAGGACCGCGGCGCUCUUUCGAAAAAUACAAUAUAUGCGCCGCCCUCAAAUAACCUUAGCAAUACGCGCCAGGCACUCUUUCGAAUUAACAGAGUUCAUUGGGUUAAAUGAGUGCAGUAGAAAAUAAAGUUUCUACGAAACAGCGCCGCGAACCUUAUUUGUUUCCCUUCUUUUGUGUGCGGCUGUUAUUACUGGGCGGUUCCAUUUAGAAAAAAAAAAAUGAAAUCUUUUAUUUUUUCGGAAGAGCACCGUGGCGCUUAUUUGUGUCCGACUUUUACUGAGGGUGGCGCUCUUUCGAGCAACACGGUUUUGAUAGCAUUUAAAGGUUUUAAUUUCAUCAGUAUAUUUUUUACCAAUUUGUAUUACAUUUAAGGGCUUCAUUACAUUUGUGGCUUCAACACACAUAUACUAAACUUUAUUGAUAUUACCUUUUAGGCGAUCAGAAUAAAUAUCACGUGACAGUGACGACACGGUAGUUUUAGCUCCAAAUCGAAUUUUAGCCCUUGCAUCGGUAUUUUCCUUGAAAAUGCUUUACGCUACGUAUUACCUUUCUAUAAAUUAGAUAAACAGCAAUUAAACCACAACUCGUUAAUAUAUUUUCUCUAACUUACUUUUUCUCAGUGCUGCAAUUGAUCGGCAUACUAUGAAAUCCGCGAAUUUCAUGUUUAUUGAAAACAAAACUUUUAAAGUUGUUUAACGCAAACGCAGGCCCAAAAUUGAAGCAAUGUCAUAGAUUUAGAUAAUUUCUUGCUCUGGGAUUUGCUAUUUGUAGUGUUGUGUCAGUUUAGGUCUUUAGUAUGCGUUUUGUGAACUAAUUUUAAGUGUUAGGAGUAUUUAUGCAGGCGAUGGUAUUAAAGAGUGGAAAUUAUUUAUUAAGGGUCGUCAUUAGUUGUUUGCCUAUAGCCGGUGUACUUAUAGGUACUUACUUAACACUUCAGGCUCGAGUUUACAACAACAACAACAAGUACUUCCCAUGCAGCACAAGAUAAUUUUCCGUGCGUGGCUGCCCAUGCCACCGAAAUCUUUCCCGAACAUGGUAAUGUUGUAGAAAGGGAUAAAAGUGAGGAAAGGGAAAACAAUUAGAGAACAUACGUUUUAUACGCGAGUUCAUCAGACGUCCGCUAUUUAAACCUAUUCAGCAAUUGAUAACAUUGCCAAUUUCAUUUAAUUUGAGAAAGCGUGACACCGUCACUACCUCUUUUUACCAGUUUUCUCCCUUUCACAACAUUACCAUAUUUCAGAAAGAUUUUGGAAAGCAACCAAGAGCGGUAAAUUUAAGCCAAUUUUCAGGUAUAAUUACUAGUGUUUUAUAAAACUGGUCCAGAUUCAUCCACCUUAUUCCUGUAUUGGUUUAUUUCUCAUAUUUCAAGAGAUAAUAAGCUAAGAGAGCGAAUCGCCCAUACAUGGCCCUGUUCCUAUGAAAUAUAUUUGAAAUCUAUUUUUGGUUCUGGAACUGCGUGGCUGUUUUAAUGACGCCACCUUAUUGGUCGGUUAGAACUGCGUCGUGUAAUUCUAUGCUUGACGGUUAAUUCAUUUCACUAACCAUCACGUAGUAAGUAACGAAACGAGCGAGCUUUUUGAUAAAAGUUAAAUUGUCUAUCGUCAAUUCAAUAUAUUUUUAGAGCUGAGGCAUUUAAUCCCAGUAAGUUUUCUGAUGUAUCACAUCUACCUUUUAUUUUCCCUCGCUAGUGAUCUUUUUUGAUCCUUUAUUCUUUCAGGAGGUUUCUAUUCGGACACGAAAGCUUUUGUAAAUGACGGCUGCCGAAAAUGCACCUUUGGAACUUUUGUACAUUACAAUAAAGCACCCGGGAAAAGACCGUUUGACUGCAAGCCAUGUCCAGAAGGUAAUUCUCUAAAACUCCCACUCUUACCGCACUAUGGAGCAUAAUAUUAGUUAUCAUUUGAUCCAAAUUCAGCUUCCUUCUCAUUAGCCGAGACCCUAUCACGUGACCUGCAAUUAACUGCCUACAAAUAAUUGUCUGCUCAUGCGUAAUGUCGUCCUACUUUCUUUGCCUGCAAAUAAUAUUCUCCUUAUGGAUCGCUCUUGCGAGAGUUGUAGUUAUAUGUAUGUCCAUAUUGUAUUUAGCUCUAAUUAAAACUAGAGGUUACAAAUAUGUGUGUAAUGCUGCACGCAGAUACUGGGUGUCUGAGAAACGGUGAACUGAUAUACGCAUGCAAUUAACAUAUGUGGAAUAAAGGAUGAUUUUAAGUGUUUACGCGCGCCACAAUGAGUAAAAGGUAGCGCAAAUUGGAAUAACACAAAAUAAAUAAAUGAAUAAAUAAUGCGAAGAUUUGAUUUCUAUAGUCUCUACAAAUUAGCAUAAUAACAAAGGAUCACAAGUUCUUCAAGUGAAUACCUUUGCGCGAAUCGAGCUUAAAAAUCAAGACCACUUUUCAGCCCGUGUUCAUCAGCAGAAAACUCAACGAAGACCUUAAAUUUCGAGAAGUCAAGCCAGCCAUUGUUAACCAACAAUGUGCGAUGCAGGAUAUGUUGGUUAUACUCGCGGCCACCUCCACGAACGCGUUGAUGGACACAAACAGAAAUCGUCGUCAAUUUGUAAACAUUAUCUUAGCGAACAUAACUCGGACGUACCACCUUUUCUUUCAGAACAAUUUCACGUGCUCACUAAAGGUUCUAACAAAUUUGAUUGCCUAAUUAAGGAGAUGCUCUUUAUAAGAAAACUCAAACCAUCCCUAAACGUGCAGGCGGACUCGAUUCGCGCAAAGGUAUUCACUUGAAGAACUUGUGAUCCUUUGUUAUUAUGCUAAUUUGUAGAGACUUUAGAAAUCAAAUCUUCGCAUUAUUUAUUCAUUUUGCCUUGAGAAUGGUGUCAUGAUGAUACCGAAACGUCGGCUUUUAACGUUAAUAUUCGCUUGCAGAUGUAUUUAAAGUUAAAAUAAAACAGCGUUUUUAAGGGUAUUUUUGGAAAACUAAGUUUUAGAUAUUUGACAUUGUAAAUUUAGCUGAAGAGCCUUUUUGGGGAGAUUAAUAAAGUUAUUAUUAUUGCCCCCGCAGGGAUUUCGCCCAGAAGGCGAGAUCCCGAGGAGGCACUCUAGUAACUCGCGCGUAUAUUAAGGAAAGUACUUACAGUUGAAACAUACAGUCACAAAGUCAAUAUAGAAAAAAUCUCGAUUUGCUUGACCAGGGGCCGCGAGGAAUCGGUAGGUAAUGAUGACGUUUCUAUUGUUUGCGCCCGCAAGUACGAAAUGGUUAGGAUGACGUAAAGAAAGAACAUCCCCAAGGGACCGCUUAGGUAGAUUUUGUGACAUUUAUUGUGCAGUCAUACUUCGACACUCUUUUGCGUUACGCGGUUAUCAGUGACAUUCUGUGGAGCAGUUGUUUCAGUGAAAGUUAUGGACCAAAAUUUUAACGACACUCGUUAAGCGCAGAAGAAGUUAUAAAGUGCGUAUAAAUGUGUAUAUAUAAACACUUGGAGAGUUUGUUAGACACGAGUUCACAAAUCUUUCAUUGGAAACCUUGCCAGACACUCUUUCUCUCUCUUUUACCGGAAUAAGACUCAGCUCCAAACAAGCAAGACGAGUGAGCAACAGCUAGCUUCUCACUAGCAAACGAUGUACGAUUACAGAAAUUCGCCAACAAUCAAAUUCUGUGCUGACUUAUUCCCUGCUCACAGAUGUCCUUCCGCUAUAAAGUUUAAAAUAAGACUAGAAUGCGCGAGUGUGAAUUAAUCAAACGUCCUUUUAUUAAAUUUCUAAGGCUUCCUUUCCGGCAAAUAAAAUGAACUGAAUGUAAAAAGUGAAAGAAAAAUAGCGAAAAAUUCAACUUCUUAUUAAAUCUUUUCUUAUGGUUUAGAAUAAACUAUUCUCGAAACUUCCAGUCCAGUCCAGUCACUGGCAAUAUUUUCAGGUCAGGUGCAUGUUCUUUGCAUAAGGAACUUUGUCACUUGGGCCUGAUUAAUACAAACGGGUAAGUGACGUUUACUGAAAAUUCGAGGACUUCGAGAAGUGAGAUUCUCUGAUAUCUCAGGUCACCGGAGUAUUCGGAUCUGUAUCGUACGCCAGUGUUUGUUUACAAUUGGUGAUAACAGAGAUUACGAGUAAAUGAACUUUCCAAAGUUUGGCUCAGAAAGUUUAGUCAAACUUAUUUUCUUGUCAAGGGCUGCUGCAGUCUAAAUUCGAAUAAUAUGUCGCAAUAGAAACCAAACACUGAGUUUUCCUGGUUGAAAAAGUGUCAAUCAACCAAGUAAGACAACAGCGAGCAAAAGGAGGUAAAAUGGAGAAACCCCUCAAAUCACACGUACACGUUUUCGUCUAGCGCGCUUGCUUUUGGUGGGCCGAAAAGGCUUUUAGUAUGACAUACAGGAAGAAUGGUUUCUUCAAAAGGACCCUUUCACACCGGCUAAAUAUAUAUACCCUUGAUGCUAUAACAUUCUGAAAUAUGGUAAAAUUCACUGUAUCAACAAAGCACGAAACAUUACUUUCUUUGCGCGGGUGUUAAAAAUAGAAAGAAAGCCUAGAUCAAGAUAAAGUAUAGCUUGAAAGUAAGGUUAAGAAAUGUGCAACAAACUUUGUAAAGAUGAACUAUAGAUUAGCUUUCGUUUUCUCGUACGAGCGUUUUGAAAAUGCCGUUUUUUGCAUAAUUUGCUUCGGGCCUUCGACCAGGUUUAGGCCGAUUUUAAACAUUCCUGUUUUUCGCAAAGACGGAGCUUCGCUGGAUCUUUUAAAUAUUGUUUUUUAAAAUAGUUUACCAAAAGGGUUUUUUUUCGGUGAGAUAAAAAAAAUCGAAUUUUUUGAUCCGGGGCCGGAUUCUCGAUAUUUACUGAGAACGGUUCUUAAAUUUCUGCGUUCGCGUGUUAUUGAAAAGCGCUAUCUUCGAGAAACUUAACCUCAUUAAUUUAUGCAAGUAUCUCUCACAGAUUACGACAAUUCGUUUUGAACAAUUUUGUUUUAUUUUUUUUUUGUUUGACAGGAACUGACACAACUGCAUUUGCAGGAUUUCGCGCCUGCAAAUGUUUGAAAGAUCAUUACCGUACGAAUUUGUUUGGGGCUUGUAAGCCAUGCGAGCUAGGAUUAGAAUGUCAAGAUGAGUCUGUAAAUCUUAAAGAUGGCUUUUGGUGGAGAUGGGAAAGUAAGACACACCGUGAGCUGUACAGAAACUUCACCAAAACCGUAAAGGACUCCUCAUUUACUCCUGAAUUACACAACGCGAAUGAUUCCGGUAUUGAAUACCCGUACACCAUUCCUCAACCGUACAGAUGCCCCAUGACAGAAGCUUGUGAGGGAGGUUUGAAUUCUUCAUGUGAGGCUGGUUAUGAAGGACCAUUAUGUGCAGUUUGCAGUGGUGGAUAUUAUAAACAACUGAAGAAAUGCAAACUGUGCCCAACUAAAGGAUGGAUGAUCGGACAGCUUGCAAUUAUGGGGGCAAUAAUUAUUUUACUGGUUAUUCUGGUGGUUUGGAGAAGCAAGAAAGAGAGCAAAAACGAUAUUGGACGAUCUUUUCUUGAUGAGGUCCUUGGAAAGAUUAAAGUUAUAAUUGGCUUUUAUCAGGUGACGUCUGGUAUAUUGGAGGCCUUUUCAUACAUAAAAUGGCCUAGAAGUCUUUCUUUUAUUGGAGAAUAUUCCGAAAUUGCCCAGGGGAACAUUCUUCAGAUAGCUCCCCUCCACUGCGUCCUUCCCAGCUUGGAACUUGAUGCAUUCGGAAGUCUGUUUGCAACUAUGGGAUUGAACAUUGCAGCAGUCAUAGUCGCCCUUGCUAGCCUUGCCCUUGCCACUUGGACAUCGACACGACAUAUUCUGAAUGAAGAGGCAAAAAUGAAGAAAAAAGGGCAUAUUAAAGCUGUCGUAAAGAGAAAUCUGUUUUUCUUUCUUUUCGUGACCUAUCUGAACACUUGCGUAAAAACAGCUCAAGUUUUGCCUCUUGCCUGCCACAAGAUCUGCGUUAACGAAAAAGAUGAAAGCUGCGAGGAGUAUUUAAAGGCCGACUACAGCAUUAACUGUAAUGGGGAGAGAUACAGCCGAUUUGUCUUCGCAGGAUACUGUUCCAUUGUGUAUGUGAUUGCCCUGCCUGGUGCUGCUUUUAUAGCAAUUUGGAAACGACAGAGAGGUGAAAAGAAAAAUGAAACAAACGACACAAAUGGUCACGAAGAUCAAAGCACCGAGCAAACCGGACUUCGUUUCUUACACGAAAACUACAAGCCUCAUUGUUGGUAUUGGGAACUGGUGGAGACAGUUCGAAAGGUUAUUUUGACCUCUGGAUUGAUCCUUGUGGGUGGUGAAAGCAGAAUUUACAUUGGAUUGGCUUUGGUUUUCUCUGGUUUGUAUGGGAUGUAUUUCGCGCUGAACUCGCCAAUAACUGAUCCACUCGAAAACAAGCUUAUGCUUUCUUCACUUGCCGUUACCUUCGUAAACCUUGCAAUAGGAGUCGUCAGCACAAUCCCGGAUGAAGGUUUUUCGUCAUCAGUCGACCCAAUCUUGGAUAGCUUGUUGUUCAAUGGCUUGGUCAUUGUUGCCAACUCCUUGGUCAUUGGACUACUUGUCGGUAAGUAA